UAAAAUGUCAACACAACUGCAUCUUCUUCCAUUGUCAGUUCUAAGAUAGAGAAGAGACUCUCAAAAUGAAGCAAAAGAUUGUGAUGAGGGUGGAAAUGACUUGCCAAAAGUGCCGCACCAAGGCACUCAAGCUUGGUGCUGCAGCAAACGGUGUGAACUUUGUGGGGUUAGAGGGAGAAUCGAAAGAGAAGUUGGUGGUGAUUGGAGAUGGUGUGGAUGCUGUCAAGUUGACGAAUUUAUUGAGGAAAAAGGUUGGACAAACGAAUAUCAUAAGCUUAGCAGAGGUCAAGGCAAGUUAGAAGAAUGAAAACAUGAUCAAGAGAGAGUGAAAAACCUUGUUCAUUUAUUGUGUUUCUUUUCAUUUUGAUGUGCUUCUUUAAUGUGUUUUUAUCAGCUUUUUUUGUGUUAAGAGGAAUUAGGCAUUAGCAUCGUGUUGCAUGACCUUCCAUUGUAAUGCCAGAGAGAAACAGAGCAUUUUUGGAGUUCUGUAAGUCAAGAUAAAUUUAAGGAUCAUAAAUAUAUC